AUGAGUUCGGUUCGAAGUAGCGAAAAUGCUGCAAGAAGAUCUGCUUUCGUGUUGAUCGCCAGAUAUGUGGGGCUCUGUGACGAUGGUAGCACAGAGGGAGCACUGGAAGGACUUGUAGAAGGGUCUAAGGAUGGCGGAACUGAGGGUGCUGAUGAUGGACUGGAACUAGGACUGAGAGAUGGUUUUGAUGAUGGAGUCGCCGAGGGCAAAGACGAAGGAUUGUAUGAAGGACUUGUAGAAGGGUUUAAGGAUGGUGGAACUGAAGGCAUUGAAGAAGGGCUGAUUGAUGGACCAACACUGGGGCUGAGAGAUGGUUUGGACGAGGGAGGCUUUGAGGGCAACAGAGAUGGACUAGUUGAUGGACUUGUUGAAGGGGGUGGAACUGAAGGCAUUGAAGAAGGGCUGACUGAUGGAAACAAACUAGGAAUAAGAGAUGGUUUGGAUGAGGGAGGCAUUGAGGGCAACAGAGAGGGACUAGUGGAUGGGCUUGUUGAAGGGGGUGGAACUGAAGGCAUUGAAGAAGGGCUGAUUGAUGGACCAACACUGGGACUGAGAGAUGGUUUGGACGAGGGAGGCUUUGAGGACAACAGAGAUGGACUAGUUGAUGGACUUGUUGACGGGGGUGGAACUGAAGGCAUUGAAGAAGGGCUGACUGAUGGAAACAAACUAGUAAUAAGAGAUGGUUUGGAUGAGGGAGGCGUUGAGGGCAACAGAGAGGGACUAGUGGAUGGGCUUGUUGAAGGGGGUGGAACUGAAGGCAUUGAAGAAGGGCUGAUUGAUGGACCACACUAG